AUGGCCAAGGGGCAUAGAACUAAUUCACAAGAGCAUGGUUUAGCACCUUCAGAUAAAAAUCGCAUCCACCGUGGAUAUGUCUACGUUCCUCAGUAUAAGCAGUCUCAUUUAGCGCAAAAUUUACCUAUAAGCGCUCAGUCAGUGUCUGAGAGUGUUUCGGAUCAGAUGGCCAAACUGAAAACUGAGCUUUCGAGAAGUGCAACUAACGCUGCAUCGCCGAUUAUUAACGGGAAUAUGUAUAAGAACUCUUCGCAUACGCAGGAAGAAGUAGCUUCUCAACAAAUAUAUAAUGGGCAGUUUUCUGAUGAAUUUCGAGUUCAGAAGGAAAAUAAGGAUUUUCCAAAAAAAGCAGUACCAUUUGAAAUCAAUACUGUCUCAAAUCAACUAAAUGUUGCUAGCAAGUACAUUAUGGAUAUGGCGAAAAUCCAAAUUUACAAUAUAAUCAGUACGCUGAACGAUUUUCAAAAGGCGGUUUGGACCAAUGACGACUGGAAUAACUUUUUGGGAAUAUUUUUCACGUCAACAGCAGGAGUAGACCUAAUAUUGCCUGCUGCUUCUAAAGUAAGACAUCUUCAUUUAGUCCCGAACAUAAUGGCACUUAUAGCAUCAGAGGGUAAAAAACAAAAUGUUGUAAGAAUCGGAGUGUGUGCAGGUAAGAUAGAAACUGGUUUCGUUAACGACACUACCAUUUAUUUUACAAUAUCACGCUGCACAUUCAAAUAUUAUUAUUCAGAUGGAAGCUACAUGACCUCGUAUCUCCAAUGUAAAGGUUACUUGGACCUUCGUUUGAAAGUUGAUUGGGUGGAAAUAACAGUGCAAGGUUUUGUUCCUGGAAUAGAUUGGGGUGCAUUAGAAGUUUUAUCUCAAAAUGGCGACUUCAUCCGACAAGUUCUGAAAACAGUCACAUUUUCUGAGAAUGGUUUUCCCAAAGAUUCUAUCAAGCUCCUGUCCUCAAAGUUCCAAGUCUUUGCACAAAUGUCUGGGUCAGGAAUAAAUAAUGGGAUGAUGAGAAUACUUCAAGUAAAUAGCGUCAUGACACAGCUGAUGGCACUGAAGAUAUAUCAAGAGGAACAAAAAAUAGGGAGCCCUCUGCUGGCUUUAAGGUCAUACAUAAAGGAAGUUCAAAAAGAAGAACAGAAUAUUCAUGCUAAUAGCAAGUAG